GCGUAUGGGAGCUGUGCCGGAAUAGAGGCGAGAACUACAAAUCCCAGCAGGGCAGGCCACGCUUCCCGCGAACGCUUCUGUUUUGGAGAGAGCGGAUGGUGAAUCCUGGAAAAUGGCGUCGGGCCUGAGCGGGAGCGGCGGCGGCGGAUGCGGCGGCGAUAGCCGGCUGGUGUCGCUGCCUUUGUCUCGGAUCCGAGUGAUCAUGAAGAGCUCGCCGGAGGUGUCCAGCAUCAACCCGGACGCCAUUUUCCUCACCGCCAGAGCCACGGAGUUGUUUGUCCAGUACUUAGCUACACAUUCCUACAAACAUGGCCAAGGCAAGGAGAACAAAGCCUUAACCUACAGUGAUCUGGCCCGCACCGCGGAGAAGUCGGAAACAUUUCAGUUCCUUGCAGAUAUCUUGCCAAAGAAAAUACUGGCAAGCAAAUAUCUGAAAAUGCUUGAAAGAGAGAAGGAGGGAGAGGAAGAGGAAGAAGAAGAAGAGGAGGAGGAAGACGAGGAGGAAGAAAGUGAAAGUGAAGAAGCGUCUUGCGAGUGACAAAACUGAAUCCACUGCAGUUAACUUCGGAGACUCAUGCUCAGUUUCUCCAGCAAUCAAAUAUCUGGCAAGUGGAUUCUCAAAGCAUAUGAGGACUGACAGGUUAUGCAACAAGUAUUACAGUAUAUGCAAGAAAUUAAGAUGGAACUGACUUAGCGGAUAUUGGCUCUCCAAUAUAGAAGUUCAUCUCUGCUCAUAUUGGGCAACUCCCAAAGGCUGAGUCGUUGAAGAGUAUUUUUGUUUAUUUAACAUGCCAGACUUAUGGCUGUCCUGUCCUUUCCUACGAGUUAGGGAAGCAAGAACUUUUUUUGUGAAUUCCCUAGAAGGGAAAUAGUUCUAUGUAGUGGCUGUACAGAUUAGGGAUGGGCAUGAACUGGUUCAUGAGCCAAAAUUUGGCACGAACUUGGCCCAGUUUGGAGCCCCUGAACCAAUGUUCGGUGAAGGAGCCUUCCCCAGACAUUUACCAGACUUUUAUCUGGUUUCUAUCAGCCGUUCAGGCCAUUUCAACCUAACGGCUGAGGAGCAUGGGUCUGCAGUUGACCUGUUAGUUUUAAGUGGCUUCAGAGCGGGGGGGAAAGCAAAAGGCAAUUUUUUGCCAAGAGAAAGGGGGAUCCAAACUGGCCAGUUCAGUUCGGGGAUUGCCCAUCUUAGGUUUGUGCCCAUCUCUUGUGAGUUCUGUCACAAUCAUCAUGACUUUAAAACAGGGAACUGGUUUUCCAUUGCCACUUUCUGAUUGUAAAGAUAAGAGUGGUGCUUAAAGGGUGGGGGGCAAGCCGCACCCCACUGUCUCAUGUAAAUAUGUGUAUUUUCAAAGGUCAUUAACUAUAGAUUUAAAGCAAAUCCUGGACUAGAACAUUUUUGCUAUGGGAAAUGGAUGCUUGUCCAGGAAGAUUCAUUUCCGUUUGCAACAGUUAGUAUACUUCUUUUUUAGUGGUAA